UACUGGGAGAACUUCGUAUUUGGAACCUUCAAAAUGUUUCUCAUGGUCUAAAUGCUUCUGAAGCCAAUUUGAAGGGCAAGGAUCUUAAGAAGUUAGAGUUAAGAUGGAGUGGCAGUAGGGAUACUGAUGAUUCUUUAACAGAAGAAGGUGUACUUGAAGCAUUGCGGCCUAGUGCAAAAGUGGAAGAUCUUUCUAUAAUCGGUUACGGAGGUAAAAAACUUCCAGGAUGGGUAGGGGACACUUCUUUCGAAAAAAUGGUUGAUCUGAGGCUUAGUGGAUGUAAAUACUGUGUCUCUUUACCAUCUCUUGGUCAGUUAAAAUCUCUAAAAACGCUGUUGAUUGAAGACUUUUAUAAUUUAGAGUAUGUUGGUGAUGAGUUCUAUGGAAGUCCCUCCACCCAAGGGAAUCCAUUCCAAUCCCUUGAAAGCCUAACUUUUGAGAGGAUGCUGCAAUGGCGUGAAUGGAAAUCUGAAGGCAGAGCUUUCCGAAGCCUUCUAGUGCUUUGCAUCAGAAAGUGUCCAAGCCUAACAGCACUGCCCAGCGACCUUCCUUCUUUAGUGGAGCUUGAGAUUGCAAAAUGUAAGCUUGUGGGUCCACCUUCUGGCUGGUCUCCUGCACCCAUUAGUAAAAUAAUUCUGGCUAAUGAUUUUCAUAAGGUGCAGUUAGAGAAAUUGUCUUCUGACUCGCAAAGUCUCACAGUCGAUUCAUUCCAUGCCUUCGAUUUUAUACGUCAGGAAAUUGAAGAGUGGGGUUAUGCUUACUCUACUUUACAAAAAAUUGAAAUCACUCGCUAUCCCCUCGAGUUCUUCCCACUAAAUCUUUUCCCCCAGUUAAAGCAACUUGAGAUCAGCAGGUGUCCAAAGCUCAAAUCCCUUUGUGAACCAGAGGAACUUCUUGGUGAUUCCAUGUCUACCGAAUCCUUUUGCAGUGGCUGUCCGACUUUAGAAACCCUUGCAUUAUCAAAUUGCUCAAAUUUUGAAUCAUUGUUUUGCUCCCUCCCUUCCCUUGUGAAUCUAAAAAUAGUUGCUUGUGGGAAACUUCAGUCAUUGCAUGGGAUGGAUUUCUCCGCUUCAUUAGAACCGCUUGCUGGCAACAGUAAUUGGAAUUCAAAAGUCUGCAUGUACCCAAAAUUGAAAAUUCUUUCACUUGAACAUUGCUCGAAUUUUGUAUCAUUGUUCUGCUCCCUCCCUUCCCUUGUGAAUCUAAAAAUAGUUGCUUGUGGGAAACUUCAGUCAUUGCCUGGGAUGAAUUUCUCCGCUUCAUUAGAACCGCUUGCUGGCAACAGUAAUGGGAAUUCGGAAGUCUGCAUGUACCCAGAAUUGAAAAUUCUUUCACUAGAACAUUGCUCAAAUUUUGAAUCAUUGUUCUGCUCCCUACCUUCCCUUGUGAAUCUAAAAAUAGUUGCUUGUGGGAAACUUCAGUCAUUGCCUGGGAUGGAUUUCUCCGCUUCAUUAGAACCGCUUGCUGGCAACAGUAAUGGGAAUUCGGAAGUCUGCGAGUACCCCAAUUUGAAACUUCUUUCACUAGAACAUUGUUCAAAUUUGAAAACAGUGCAUUGCCUCCUCCCGUCUCUUGAGAAUCUGGAAUUAUAUAAUUGUGGUCAACUUGAGCCAUUUCUCGGAAUGGGUUUGUCUUCAUCUUCUGGAUUGAGUUCGCCUUCCAAAUUAAAAUCAUUAGUGAUCCGAGGUUGCGGAAAACUCAUUGCUGGCUGCGACAAAUGGGGUAUGGGUAGAUUCCCUUCUCUUUCAACCUUAUCGUUAGAUUACAGUGAUGAAGUGGAAUCCUCCCUCAAGCAACGUACGUUCUUCCCCAUGCCGUUUACAUUUCUUUCAAUCUGUGAUCUUCCAAAUCUGACGUCUCUGGAACUUCAAGGGUUCACGUUCCUUUAUGGACUCGAACUCGAAGACUGCCCUAAGCUCCAAUCCUUGUCAGAAGGCAGCCUGCCUUCUGAUCUCUUCUCUCUGUACAUCAGGUCAUGUCCCUUGAUGGAACAGAGGUGUCAACAGGAUACAGGGGAAGACUGGCCCAAGAUAUCUCAUGUUCCCAAUGUACAGAUUGGUUACCACAAUUUCAAUGUGAAGAGCAGGAAAUUGUAACCUCUGUUUAAUCCAAUACAAUGAGGAUUCUUGACGAACCUUUACUUUUGUCGAUGCCCGUUGUUGAUCCUAAGUUGUUCUUACUCUAAACGGAACUCGCCCUAAGGUUGUUGAGUCCGCCUUCAGAUGUUAAACCAAAAGUUUAUGGAUUAUUACAAGUAUAUUGAUUAUUAUGGGGCCUUUGUCCCUAAUGUGCAGGACCUGUUGUGGAGUAUUAUUUUUUUUUUUUUAGCUGUCAGAACAUCCAGAGUGCAUUAAGUGUACAGAGAUAAGGAUUUUGAGUCUCCAAAACUAAUAAAAAUACUGAAGAGAAUGGUAUUCUUA